AAAUUUCGUCAGGGAAAUUUAAAACCUAAAACUCCAAAAUUCCUUAGCAGCCCCACCAAUCUUUUCUCUGUUGAGGGGUGAUUCAUACAAAUUCUCUUCCUUCGAAUCACAGAAAAACCCAUUUCCUCCCUCGCCGAUCGCUACGCCAGAUUUGUUUUUUUGAUUCCGGUGGAAUUUUGAGCGGUGAAAAUGAGCGUGGUGGGUUUCGAUUUCGGUAACGAGAGUUGCAUUGUGGCGGUUGCGAGGCAGAGAGGGAUUGAUGUUGUGCUCAAUGAUGAGUCCAAGCGUGAAACGCCGGCUGUUGUGUGCUUUGGUGAGAAGCAACGCUUCAUUGGCACUGCUGGUGCUGCUUCCACUAUGAUGAACCCUAAGAAUUCGAUUUCACAGAUUAAGAGACUCGUUGGGAGGAAAUUCGCUGAUCCUGAAUUUCAGAGGUAUCUUAAGUCAUUGCCAUUUGUUGUUACUGAGGGUAAUGAUGGAUACCCGCUGAUUCAUGCGCGCUACUUGGGUGAGGCGAAGACUUUUACGCCUACCCAAGUGUUUGGGAUGAUGCUGUCGAAUCUUAAGGAAAUUGCGCAGAAGAAUCUCUGUGCGGCUGUCGUUGAUUGUUGCAUUGGAAUCCCGGUUUAUUUUACUGAUCUUGAGAGAAGGGCUGUGUUGGAUGCGGCCACGAUUGCUGGCCUGCACCCGCUUCGGUUAAUUCAUGAAAUGACUGCCACUGCCUUGGCCUAUGGGAUUUAUAAAACGGACCUUCCGGAGAGUGAUCAGCUGAAUGUUGCGUUUGUUGAUGUUGGGCAUUCUAGCAUGCAGGUGUGCAUUGCUGGCUUCAAAAAGGGACAGCUGAAAGUGUUGGCUCAUUCUUUCGAUCGGUCUUUGGGCGGUAGGGAUUUUGACGAGGUUUUGUUCCAUCACUUUGCUGGGAAGUUCAAGGAGGAGUACAAGAUUGAUGUUUUCCAGAAUGCCAGGGCUUGCAUAAGGCUCAGGGCUGCUUGUGCGAAGAUGAAGAAGAUGCUUAGUGCAAAUGCUGAGGCACCUCUCACCAUUGAGUGCUUGAUGGACGAGAAGGAUGUCAAGGGUUUCAUCAAGCGAGAUGAAUUUGAGAGACUAAGUCUUCCAAUUUUGGAACGUGUGAGGGGACCUUUGGAGAAGGCAGUUGCGGAAGCAGGUCUUACCAUUGAAAAUGUACACAUGGUUGAGGUGGUUGGUUCAGGUUCUCGUGUACCGGCCAUUAACAAAAUAUUGACAGAUUUUUUCAAAAAGGAGCCUAGGCGGACAAUGAAUGCUAGUGAGUGUGUUGCUAAGGGUUGUGCAUUGGAAUGUGCAAUUCUUAGUCCAACUUUCAAAGUGCGAGAAUUCCAGGUCAACGAUAGUCUUCCUUUCUCAAUUGCUCUUUCAUGGAAAGGUUCUGGUACAGAUGCACAGGACAAUGGACCAGAAAAUCAGCAGAGUUCCCUUGUUUUUCCCAAGGGUAAUCCCAUACCAAGUAUGAAGGCAUUGACAUUCUACAGGUCAGGAACAUUUUCUGUUGAUUUUCAAUAUGGUGAUGUGAGUGCGACGCAAACACCUGCUAGGAUCAGCACAUAUACUAUUGGUCCAUUCCAAACUACAAUCAGUGAAAGGGCAAAGGUUAAGGUGAAAGUUCGUUUGAAUCUGCAUGGUAUUGUAUCUGUUGAGUCUGCAACGCUCUUGGAAGAGGAAGAAGUUGAGGUUCCAGUUUCCAAAGAAACAGCAGGGGGAAAUGCUAAGAUGGACAUUGAUGAAGCUCCUGCUGAUGCUGCUGCACCUCCUGCUUCCAAUGACACUGGUGCUAAUAUGCAAGAUGCAAAGACUAGUACUGAUGCUCCUGGGGUUGAAAAUGGUAUCCCUGAGAGUGGAGAUAAGCCUUUGCAAACAGAUACUGAUACCAAGGCUCCAAAGAAAAAGGUUAAGAAAACAAACAUUCCUGUAGCAGAGUUAGUUUAUGGAGCAAUGGUGCCUGUGGAUGUCCAGAAAGCACUAGAGAAGGAGUUUGAAAUGGCUUUGCAAGAUCGUGUGAUGGAAGAAACAAAAGACAAGAAAAACGCAGUUGAGGCUUAUGUUUAUGACAUGAGAAAUAAGCUUAACGACAAAUACCAAGAGUUUGUCACUGCUCAAGAGAGAGAAGAUUUUACCACCAAACUUCAGCAAGUAGAAGAUUGGCUUUAUGAAGACGGUGAAGAUGAAACUAAAGGUGUAUAUAUUGCCAAGCUUGAAGAACUAAAAAGGCAAGGUGAUCCAAUUGAAGGGCGUUACAAAGAAUACAUGGAGAGGGGUACUAUAAUUGAACAGUUCAUCUAUUGUGUAAAUAGUUACAAAGAAGCUGCAAUGUCGAAAGAUCCCAAAUUUGAUCACAUUGACAUUAGCGAGAAACAUAAGGUUAUAAAUGAAUGUGCCGAAGCUGAGAAGUGGUUUAGGGAGAAGCAGCAGCAGCAGAGCUCACUUCCAAAACAUGUCAACCCUGUACUCUUGUCAGCUGAAAUAAGAAGGAAAGCUGAGGCUGUUGAUAGGUUCUGCAAGCCAAUUAUGACAAAACCAAGGCCAGCCAAGCCGGCUACUUCCCCAGGACCAGGAACCUCAUCUUCACAGGGUGAUGAGCAGCAGCAACCUCAGGGGAGUGGUGAGACCAAUAGUAAUGAGAAUGCUGGGGAUAGUAGUCAUGCUGCACCAUCAUCUACUGAACCAAUGGAGACUGAAAAGUCUGACAGUGCAGGCUCUGCCUAAUUUUUGUUGUUGAUUUGCUUUGUUCGCAUGUUCAUGCCCAUACUAGUAGUCCCUACUACCUUUGUAUAAGCAUAUGAAUUGGGCCCUCUGGGUUGGUUGAUAGUGAGUGGUCUCCUUGGAAUUGGAUGUUUGGUGUAAGUAGAGCCCUCUAGGUUGGUUGGUUUGUUGGUAUCGUAAGUUUUAAUUAAUAUUUUGGUGGUUCUUUGGAAUCCGGAUUUUUUUUCAAAGAGUUUUGAUGAGAAGACGAUAAAGUGGUGCAUGCCUUUCCAAAUCCGGUGGGAAUUGGUCAGUAACUUUCUCGAGGUUUAUAGAUUAUUUGUAUAAGAUUUUUAGAAUAUGAAUUAUAAUGUUUGUUUCCCUUUUAAUACUUUUAAUUUUAUCUUGCAUUA